CCUCAUCAGAAAGAGGAAAACAAGAUGGCGCCUUUCAUUGUUUCCCUCCAUUGCAAGCGGGUAGAAGCAGAAAAUGGCCGUCGGGUUUUCCUUUUCAAAUUUCAGAUUGAGCAAUGGCAAGAGGAUUUGAAGUUUUCAUUCCUCUUACAUGCAGUGCUCUUUUGCUUAUGCUGCUCUUGUUCUUCACAGGUAAAGCUCAAAACUCCCGAGACAAGCAGCAAACUUGGUGCGUGGCGAAACCUUCUAAUGAAGAUGCUACUUUGAACGGGAACAUCAACUACGCUUGCUCGCAGGUGGAUUGCAGAAUUUUACAGAUGGAUUGCGCUUACCCGGACAAGCUCAUCUCCCAUGCUUCCAUAGCAAUGAACCUCUACUACCAAGCGAUGGGUAGGAACUACUGGAACUGCUACUUCAACAACUCUGGAUUAAUAGUCAUUACAGAUCCAAGUUUUGAUCAUUGUUCUUAUGCCUGGCUUUUGAUUAAGUAUACUAGUGCUGCAGUGAAAAAAGCCUCUGUUUUAGCAGUAUGUGGUGUUAUGAAAGUAUAUUCCUAAGUUUUGUAUUAUAUCAAUGAAGAAACUAUGGUUUGACUACAGCAAUUUUAGAAGGCUUUGUGUUUGUGAAAGUGUAUUUGCUUAAGAAAUUGCUGGAUCAGACUUGCUUGAACACGUGUAAUGAUAAC